GCUGUGAGUGGAAAUUGUUAACGUUGAAUAGAGCAAAAGGAAGGAAGAGAGCUGGUUGGCCGUGCAUGCUCCGUAGUACAUCUCUUAUCUGAGAAUGCCACCUGCUCUGCUUUCUCCGAGCCUCAUCUCUAAACCUGUCACGAAGACCCGCCUGCACAUUUUCCCAUUUCCCACAAAACAUCCUUCUAACUUUCCUCGUCAUCUUCCACGGAUGUCCACUAAAUCAAAUUCCUACCCUCAGACUCAAAACGGCACUUCCUCACUCUCUUCCCUUGCUCCUCUGGAGGCUAUACUAUUUGAUAUUGAUGGAACAUUGUGUGAUUCAGAUCCUCUGCAUUACGAUGCCUUCCGUGAAAUGCUGCAACAGGUUGGUUUCAAUGGGGGAGAACCCAUAUCUGAGGAAUUCUUCAGUCAAAAUAUUAGUGGCGGGCAUAACGACGAACUCUGUCAUGUCCUCCUUCCAGACUGGCAGUUUGAGAAAGCCAUGAAAUUUAUGGAUGAUAAGGAGGCGAUCUUCCGGAGAUUAGCAAAAGAGAAACUACAACCUGUAAAUGGUCUGAACAAGUUGUGCAAAUGGAUUGAAGAGCGUGGCUUGCAACGAGCUGCAGUAACUAAUGCUCCAAGACCAAAUGCUGAGCUCAUCGUCUCAAUUCUGGGCCUUGAAGAUUUCUUCAAGACAGUAAUAAUUGGUGGUGAAUGUGAGAGAGCCAAACCAUUCCCUGAUCCCUACCUGAAGGGUCUCCAUUUACUCGAAGCAUCCCCUAAGCACGCAUUUGCGUUUGAGGACUCCGUUUCUGGAAUAAAAGCUGGGGUUGCAGCUGGGAUUCCAGUGGUGGGUUUAGCUACGAGGAACCCUGAAAAUUUACUGGCAGAAGCUGGUGCAAGCCUUGUCAUCAAGGAUUUCAAUGACCCCAAAUUGUGGGCUGUUUUGGAAGAGCUAGAUAACAUGGCAGAUAUAAAAACAGGUACUACUUAGAGAGGUAAUAAUAGCUCAUAUUAAUUUAUUGUGAGAUGUGGGAUAUUUGGUAGUUACCAUUAUAUAUCAAAUAAAGUAUUUACAAGUAUGUAUUGUUGAAAUAAUUCUUGAAUACCUUCCAUUGACGUAGUAUCAACUCUGUCAUGACCUAUAUAUUUUGUCAACAUUAGAUGACAGCACAUUGAGAUUUCACUCUUAUGGCAGUUUCAACUGCUUUCAAUUUUACCUAUCAAAAUUGU